AUGGAAGCGAAGUCUGCUGGUUGGACCAGCGACCUCGGUGGUGUAGCGCUCCUGCUGUGGGCUGCAGAGCAUGGGGAUGAAUCAAGCGCAUCCUUGGCACUCGAGAAGGGAGCAGAUGCUAAUACAGGAGACUGGUUGCGUCAGACGCCUUUAUCAGUGGCAGCUAAAAAUGGUCACGUAGAAACUGUGAAGCUACUUUCCGAUACUAGUGGGGCUGCAGUCAACACUACGGAUUGGCGAGACCGCACGUCGCUUGCAUGGGCUGCAGGGAAAGAGCAUACGUCCGUUGUACGGAUGUUGAUGGAUAGAGGUGACAUGAGCCUAUCCUCCCAGGAAAAGAGCGGAUAG